CUGUUGACAGGCAAAUACCGCGAUACCCAGACUUCGAUAACCGACAGCUCCGCAGUUUACAGAGUCAGCAACGACAAGAGCAGCAACGUGACCUUAAUCGACCUUCCGGGCCAUGAGAGUUUGCGGCUUCAGUUCUUGGAGAGGUUCAAGGCCGCAGCCAGAGCCAUCGUGUUUGUGGUGGACAGUGUGGCCUUCCAGCGGGAGGUGAAGGAUGUGGCGGAGUUCCUGUACCAGGUCCUGGUCGAUAGCAUUGUGCUCAAAAACACACCCGCACUGCUGAUCGCUUGCAAUAAGCAAGAUGUCACAAUGGCAAAAUCAGCAAAACUUAUUCAACAGCAGCUGGAGAAAGAGCUCAACACCUUACGAGUGACCCGCUCUGCGGCCCCCACCAGUCUGGAUGGCUCAGCCACUGGGGGCCCUGCCCAGCUGGGCAAGAAGGGCAAGGACUUCGACUUCUCCCAGCUACCCAUGAAGGUGGAAUUCGUGGAGUGCAGCGCUCGGGGCAGCAAGGGAGAGGAAGGAGAUGCUGACUUCGAGGGCCUCGAGAAAUGGCUGGCCAAGGUUGCCUGA